CUCUUAAAAUCACAAGAAGACCAAAUAUAGAAGAAUACUCAGUCGUUGCUUGGAAGGAUAAGAUGAACUUCAUGUAAUGUGCGCUGGCUUACAAUGACUGGAGUUUCGGCCAUUAUUGGGGACAUACAUCAUCCGUUAGGAGGCGCUCCUCUCGCAAUGUUGGCCGCUCAGUGCAACAAAAUCACCUCGAAAUCUCCACCACCUCUUGCCGACGCUGCCGUCGGGAAAGGGUUCUACCCGUGGAAGAAACCGGAAGUGACGUCAUCAGUGGACUCCGUGAACAUGUUACUACAUGUUUCUCAGCAACGCAGCUCCUCUUUUGUGCCGACAUCAUCCCCGACGUAUGUUCGCUCCUCCGCCAGCCUGAAUGGCGCGGCGGCUUACGGGAAUGACUUACUGUACCCGUCAACUAACUCGUCUGCAGCGGGGCAUCAGUCUGACUCGUCACAGGCGUCUGCAUACCUACAGAAGAUGCACAGCGACUCGGCCUGGGCCGACUCGGGGAUUUCCGGAAUCUACUCCCGAGUGCCCGGGGUGGCGGCGCAGUCAUACGACACUUGGCCGUUUGGACUUGGCUCUAAUCUUAAAACAGAAAUGACGGGCAGUGUGAACGCCGUGCCAUCGUUCUGGGACAUGCAUACUGGGUCAGGAAACCUGUACCCAGACGUAAACUCGCCCACAUCCGGAAUACAUUCACAGAUGUCAGGUUAUGCUGGUGAUUUAAAACUGGGUCAUUCUUUAGGCUCUAAUACUGGUGCAUUAUUUUCGACCGGUCAACAGUUAUUUCAAGACCCGUAUAAGUCAAUGUACUCCGCAGCAAAUGAAUUGGGAACUUCCUCCGUGAACCAAUAUCUCUCCCGGUCCGGAAUGUCCAAUCUUCCUAGUCCAAAGUCAUCAAAGCGUUAUUCCGGACGUGCCACUUGCGCAUGCCCGAACUGUCACGAGGCGGAGCGUCUCGGCCCCGCUGGUGCUCACUUAAUAAAGAAGAACAUUCAUAGCUGCCAUAUACCCGGAUGUGGAAAGGUUUACGGGAAAACGUCGCAUCUUAAAGCUCAUUUAAGGUGGCAUACCGGUGAGAGACCGUUUAUUUGUAACUGGUUGUUCUGUGGGAAGCGGUUCACGCGCUCAGAUGAGCUGCAGCGCCACCUCCGGACGCACACGGGAGAGAAAAGGUUCGCGUGCCCGGUCUGCAAUAAAAAGUUCAUGCGCAGCGAUCACCUCGCCAAACACGUGAAGACGCACACAGACGGCUCCAAGAAGAGCGGAAGUGAUUCGGAUGAUACCGGAAAUGGUGACGAACAGUCCAUUUCAAAAUCGAUGUCACUUCCUGUUGAAAAAUGACCCAGAUAAAUAAAUGUGUUUUAUUUUAGAUAGCGGUUUUGUUUUGAAAACGCAUUGAUUAUAUGUGAUUGAUCUUCACUAUCAUAAUUCGAUCGUCUCUUGAAGUAUGUGUAUAGAUUGUAUCGAAAUGUGUUUUAAUUAUAGCAUAACAUAUAAAAUAUAAUUAUACAGUUCAACAGUAGAUGACAUAGAAGUUUAUCAACAGAAGUGUAAUUAUUCUCUUAUAUUCACUUUAUGCCGUAUUUUAUUGUCGAAAUUCACAGCAUUCGGACUCAUUAAAAGUUAUAUGUUCGGAAUCUGAUACCGUGCCCAUCUGAACAUGUAGGAUAGGAGCUAAAUGGAAUAAAUUAAAAGUAUCAUAAAUAUAUUUUAUUUUAUUGCACAUUUACAUGUUAAAGGGACCUUUUCACGUUUUGGUAAAUUGUAAAAAUAAAAAAUAAUGUUUCAGAUUCGCAAACUUUCGUUGUAGUUAUGAUAUUUUUGGGGAAACAGUAGUACUGAACAUUUACCAUUAUAAAUAUCCAUUAUAUUCAUCUUUUGACAAUUUAAAAACCUGAAAUUAUAAAGCGUUGCAACGCGAAACGAUUGAAUAAUUUGGAGAGUUCUGUUGUUGUCGUUCGAUUUUGUUAUCACUACGAGGAUUGCUUAUAUAACGUAUAAACUACAUCUGUUAUUGUAUGAGCACGGAUGGCCGAGUGGUCUAACCGUUAGACUUUUACUCCAGGGGUCAAGUGUUCGAGCCCAUUUAAGGGUGACUUUUUUUCUUUCUUUACUUUUAUUGUUGUUUUUUACUGGAGCUGUUUAGCUCCAAUUUUACAUCUAUCAAUAUCAAGCAUUUAAUGACAAACUUUAAUAUCUGCCAAAACCUGUGAAAAGGUCCCUUUAAUGCAAUUAUUAAAUGAUUAUGUCAUUAAAAAAAUAUUACACUUACUUGGAAUCAUCUUGAACAUAUUAUACGCAUGAACCUUCGAUCUGAGGUCGUAUUCUAUAAAAAUCAAAGAACAUGUUAGUGAUUAAUAUCAUCAAAUGUUACUUGUUUCAUUUUACUUUUUUUAUUUUGUUUCUCAGUAUAUUAUCUUUACUAAAUUAAACUGCAAGCUACGUUAUUGACAAUAGUUUUUUUCAGUAAACAUGGAUUGAGACAUUGACUGAUCAUCUUUUAGGAUGAGAUUUUAAAUGUUUAACGUACUUGGAAAAUCUGCUGUUUAUAGAAUACGUCCCCGGUACUUCAUCUUAUACGUUACUCUAAAGUUAAUCAAAUAACACAAUAAGCUUGUUUGUAAACAAGAUAUUUAACGAACGUGUUUGAAGAUAAUGAUGUUGAUGCAUAUACUGUUUUUUAUUUGAAAGUAAAGUCUAAUUAAGUCUAAUUCGUUAAUGUUUGUUGACAUUAUUUAUGAAUACUUAAAUAAAGAAUAAUAGAAAA